GAAAGGUGAAAUUCAAAGCCGAGUUCAGGUUACUUUACUGUGUUCCCAUUCACACCCAUAUGAGAACAACAGUAUAAAUAGAGGGGCCUGAUGAAUGAGAGCACUGCACCAAAUGAAGACAAACAAGUGAGUACUACAACAACUUUCAUAGUUAGAUAUUGCAGUUUGAGGUUAUUUACACUAACAUUAAGUAAAAAAAUAAAAUAAAAUACAUUGUAUUUUAUUUGCAAUGGUUUUUUUUUAUGUAAAAAAUAUGCUUCUAAUCAAAUCAUACAAGUUUAAUGUGUAUUUGUCAAAAAUCCUUAAAAAAUCCAGAAGAUCUCACUAUACAGUUUUCAAACAUUCAAAAUGUGCGGGGUUUGGAGGCAGCCUAGACUAUUGCAUAGACCCAGAGUGGGCUUGUGUAACUUUGCUAGCUAUAUAAGUUUUACACUUUUGUAUGUGAAGGCUAAUGUUUCAUCUGCAGCAUUUCCAGCACCUAAAACAAACAGCAAGAGAUAUUUAGCUGUUUUUGAAGUUCUCUUUGAACACACUGUUCUCAAAGACAAACCAGUUCCUGCCAUGACCCCCAAUGUGUCGUUGCUUUCUCACAGAUCCGCAAUGAAGAGAUUGUGGCUGGCUAUUCUUGUGUGCCUGCUAUCUACGCAGGCUGAUGCCCAGAUUCCACUAAAAUGUGUAACAGAUCCAACUAACAGAGCUCCAGACAACACGGACAUAACCGUGAACUGUGGUACCCAGUCUAUGGACCUGAGCAUCUACCUUUGCCCUAUUUAUAACUCUCAAUACAACGAGUCUCUGAUGGUCCUCAACAAUCAGAUCAGCAACCCUCUGUGUUACGGGACCGCUGACUGGACUGUUUCUCCACCUGUUUUGAGAUUUAGAUUCCCUAUAAAUGACACUUCUCUCUCAAGCUGCGCAAACAUUUAUCAGAUAACUACCCAGGCUGGAACUGGACAGUGGUCAGAUUUCUCAAAUGUCCAGACUGUGAACAUCUCCGGCAUGGUUACAGCUAUCGACCCUUCUGUAGGCGUUAUCAGCUAUCGCCAGCAGAUCCUCUACAAGUUCUCCUGUGCUUACCCGUUGCAGUACCUGCUCAACAACAGUCAGCUCAGCGUAUCAGGAGCAAAUGUUGCCAUAAGAGACAACAACGCUAGCUUCAUUAGUACCCUGAGCAUGCAGUUGUACAAAGAUCGGCUGUAUCAAGAGGUGCUAACGAUUCCCCCAACUGGACUUAAAUUUCUGAGUAAAAUUUAUGUUGAAGUUAAGGCUACUAAUUUGACAGCAAAAUUCAACUUGCUGCUGGACAGAUGCUACGCCACCACAAGUCCAUUACCCAUGCAAAGUACUUAUUAUGAUCUCUUUGUGGGGUGUCAGCGUGAUCCAAAUACUGUGGUGGAGACCAACGGAGUUUCACAAACAGCACGCUUCAACUUUCAGGCGUUCCGAUUUGUGGAGCAAAGAAACCUGACUGUUUCGUCUUUCUACCUGCACUGUACCACCAGGCUCUGUGACGUAGCCACAUGCAGCUCAUUGCUGCCUAACUGUAAUGCUCCUGUGGGCAGAAGAAAGAGGGCAGUAGCCGAGGACGUGCCAACCAGCGCAACAAUCACCUCACAGGCUAUCAGUGUGAACAAGGAUAACACUGACACUGGAACUUCCACAACUGCUCCAGGUGCGCUACCUCAACUCACCUAUAGCCGUCCUGAGGUGGCCAUCAUUGUCUGCGUCAUCUUCCUCACGUUUUUUGUUUUUGGCCUGACUGCUUACGUUGUGUUGUAUGUCAGACGAAGAAAACAACUCAUCGGAUAGAAUCACUGGAAUUAGAAUGGAGUCCAUCUUCAAUGUUUCAGCCUUUUGCAUUAGAUAGUCAUAAAUGUUGGCAUGGAGAUGAAUAUCAAGCACAGUUUAUUAAGGAAGUAAGGGCUCAGUCAGAAAUGUGGUUCCUAUAGAUCUUUUGACAUAAAAUAAAACAUGUUUUACUGUAAAGAGAGAAUACCCACAUCAAAACUAUACAUACUGUUUGACUUUUAUCAUGGCAGGCGUGUAUGUAGCCAUGGACGUAAUUUUUUUUUGGGGGGGGGGGGGCAGGGGGACAUGUCCCCCUACUUUUUCCAAAGUCAAGUUUUGACCCCUGCACUUUUUACCAUCCAAAACCAAUAUUACGCUAUAUUAAAUUGACACUGGUUGAGCUCUAGGACCAAGCGGAAAACAACCGUUUGUGUUGAAGCCUGUUUCCCAUUAGAACAUACUGUAAAGACCCCCCCCCCCACACACCCCCCCACACUUCUAAAGUGAAAAUUACGUCCAUGUAUGUAGUGCAUCCAUGCAAUCUAAAUACUUCUAUUUUCUUUUGUCUGUUCGAAUAAACAACAUUUUUAUCAUCCAAUGCUGAAAAAUAGAAUAAAUGUAAAAGGCAUCAAUU